AUUCCUUCGCAUCUUUUUUCAUCAUCACUCAAUUCUCACCGAAAUCAAUCUCAUAACUCACCACCACCACUUCUUCUUCUUCCAUCAUCUCUCAAUUCUCACCGAAAACAAUAUCAUCACUAACUACCACCUCUUCAUCAUCACGCAAUUUCUAAUCGCAGUUAGGGAUUGCAUAUUAUGGAUCGACUUAUGUCUUCCGCGCGCCUCAUGAUUGUUUCGGAUCUCGAUCAUACAAUGGUUGAUCAUCAUGACACGGAGAAUAGUUCCCUAUUGAGGUUCAAUGCGCUUUGGGAAUCCGCUUAUCGCCACGAUUCUCUGCUUGUGUUUUCGACUGGAAGGUCACCUACACUCUACAAACAGCUGAGGAAAGAGAAGCCUAUGAUAACUCCGGAUAUAACCAUCACGUCUGUGGGAACGGAGAUUACUUAUGGAAAAUCGAUGGUUCCGGAUGAUGGAUGGGUUCAGUUUUUGAAUCAGAAAUGGGAUAAGAAUAUAGUCCUUGAGGAAACAAGCAAGUUUCCUGAACUUACUCCUCAGGCAGAAACAGAACAACGUGCACAUAAAGUUAGCUUUUAUGUAAAGAAAGAAAAUGCUAAGCAAGUGACAGCGGCUCUUUCUAAGGUUUUGGAACAGCGCGGGUUGGAUGUUAAAAUAAUAUAUAGUGGAGGAGUUGAUUUAGAUAUAUUAGCAAAAGGUGCUGGCAAAGGUCAAGCUCUUGCUUACUUGCUUGAAAAGUUUGAGAAGGAGGGAAAGCUACCUGCUAAUACCCUCGUUUGCGGUGAUUCCGGAAAUGAUGCAGAGCUAUUCAGCAUUCCAGGAGUUUAUGGUGUCAUGGUAAACAAUGCCCAAGAGGAAUUGCUCCAGUGGCACGCAGAAAAUGCAAAAAAUAACCCUAAGAUUCUGCAUGCCUCAGAGCGUUGUGCAUCUGGGAUUAUAGAAGCCAUAGGUCAUUUUAAAUUGGGCCCAAACCUGUCACCAAGAGAUGUUUCAGACAUUGCACAAGAACAUAAUGUUGAAAAUGCACUUCCGAGUCAGGAAAUAGUGAACUUUUGCUUGUUAAGUGAAAAGUGGAGGCGUGCAGAAAUUGAGAAUUCGGAGCUGAUUAUUGCCAGUCUAAAGGCAGCCACUCAUCCAACAGGUGUUAUUAUCCUCCCUUCUGGUGUUGACCAUAAUAUUAGGGAGUAUAUAAAUAUUCUCAGAAAUGUGUAUGGUGACAAACAGGGGAAACAGUUUCGGAUAUGGGUGGAUAAUGUAUCGGCUACACAGAUAAGUCCGGAUACAUGGAUAGUGAAGUGUGAUAAAUGGGAGUUAGACGGUGAAGACCGCCAUGCUUGUGUGGUCACUUCCGUGCUAAGAAAGGAUUCGGAAUGGUUCACAUUGAUCCAUGUGCACCAGACGUGGAUGGAACAAUCUGGCCAAAUUAAAUGGACAAUGUAGACGAUUCCCAGGGCUUAUCCAAAUUCUGUCUUGUGAUCCCUUUUGCAAUAAAUGUACUGAAAUCUAUAACAAACUGAUUUCUGCAUUUGAAUAUUCUAAAGAGUUUCCAUCAUGUGAAUUUUAAAUUUACUGUUAAUUUUCUGGUUGCGUAGCUUUGUUGUU